ACCACACGUUGUGAGACAGAAUUUGAUGACGUUCCUCAAGAAAUAAAUUUUGUCGACGACAUACGAAAAUCUCUUGUAAAUCACAUCGUUCUCAUCAAAACUGUCCUUUUGUCCAAGAUGCCAAUUCCUCAUUCCGGGGAUCAAGAACAAGGACACAUAGUAUCCGAAGCACCACAGAACCGGACUUGUACCGACACGUCGUACUUCAUAGCCAUCGUAACAUGUUGCCUCCUCGUUAUACCUUUCUGCGUCGCUUUAUCGAUGGGCAGCGACAUCAACCGCUUCAUUUACGGGUAUGAUCGCUUUGGCAAUACGUGCGGAGUGAAAAACAAACCCAUCUAUGGUAUCAACUGCUCUGGAAAAGAUCUGACAAACAGACCAAUCGCACGUUUGAAGUACUACCCUGUAAACAGAUGUAUGCUACACAGCACGAAGAAGCUCCUCCCUGACGUGUGCGUCGACAGAUGCAUUCCACCCAACAAAUUGAUUUUCCACCGUUGUUAUCCCGCUGGGCACGUCCAUCUCGACGACAACUCUAAACUUUUCAAAAACAUGACGGAAAUCUUCCACGCCAUUUCAGAGUCCAUCAUCACGAUUGUCGCGAUGGCUCUAGCAGGAUUAGUACUCUCCUUGUUGAUGUUCGUUUGUUUGCGGUGGCACCACACGACCGUCAUUUUUUGGGCCAUGGUUAUCUUCCAACUCAUCGCGUCAGCCACCGCUACAUCGCUUCUUUGGCUCAGAUACGGAACUAGCGAAACUAAACAGACCCUGUAUCUACUCGCUGCUUUGGGAGCGAUGGUUUAUUUCUUCUUCAUCGUACUCUUUGUCGUAGUCGUGCAUGACGCUUUUCCAUUAAUAACGCGUCUGUACGAUGAGGCCAUCGCAGCAAUUUUCCGAAUGCCGACGAUAAUGGUUCAUUUGCUGACGGCGCUCGUCGCAGUCGUAAUGUCCACUUCUUUUAUGAUCUUCUUGCUCGUUCUCAUCUUCUCGAACCAAUGCUUGCAAGAAUCUGAUGAUCCUUUGACGCUAGAAUAUACCACAACCUCGUCGACAUUUAUCUUCGCUUGCUACGUGAUUUUUGUCAUGCUAUGGGUCUAUGCGUUUGCUGAAGGAUGGCAAUGUAUGAUAACUGCUGGUUCCGUCGGGCAGUAUUACCUCGCCAGGGACAAAUCUAUCCUACAACACCCCGUGAGGAAGAGUUAUCACCUGUUGACACGCUACCAUCUGGGCACCGUAGCUUGUGGCUCUUUAUUUGUCACCGCACUAUCGUUCAUGCGAUACUUAGCGAACUACUUCGUACGAAAAGUGUUCGCCCUAACUGCUCUACACGGCCAAACCUUCCAAAAAUCGUCCGUACAACUGACCAAACUAAUGAUUCUUAAUUGGUUUCACGCUGUGGCAAUCACUGGAUUCCACUACAUCUUAAAAUGCGGAUUUUCGUGUUUAAUCUUACUGCUCACAGUAGGCUUAGGAACAUGGAUGCAUUUGGAGAACAUUUACACGUAUUACACUCGGGUAGCGAUUCUAUGUGGGGCCCUUAUCGCAAACGUAGUAGCUUGCUUCGUCAUGCAAGUUUUGAGCGUAUCAGUUGAUACCGUCUUUUUGUGUUUCUGCGAAGAACAAGCAAAAGACAGGAGUGGAGACGUCCACGGUACUUACCUGGCACCAACACCAAAGAACUACAAGGAACCAGAAGAGUUAAAAGAAGACAGACAAGAUACGAAUUGACCGGUUUGAAGUGUUAAUUUGUUUGAAAGAAAAUUUUUGUUCUAAAAUGUAUGAACGAGUUUGAAAUAAAGAACUAAAAAUA